ACAAAUACUGGAUAGUAGACUAUCAUUUACUGUGCGUAAGGAAGGAAAUUAUAGGCACGAUGCUGCAAUUAAUAGAACACGUUGUGUUCACCAUUGUUCUGGCUGUGCUUAUAAGUAUAUACUACCGCAAAGGACCUCAGUACUUCUUCAAGAUCAUUGUUCUGGCUAUGAAAGAAUUACCCGGUGUGAAGUCUAUUAUCGACAUGGUGUUGAAAAGUGAGGUAUCGAGCUUCGUGAAGUCUACCAGCCUGGCCCAAGAUGUGGUUGCUGCCAAGCCGAGGGUGGUUCUACCGAGAACAGGUUUCACCGCGGACGAGCUGAGGUCACAAAUGGAGAAGCUGUUGAAGCGUGAGUCCAACACCGACAAGGACGGUAAUGUGUUCGCGUACACGUACACACUGAAGGACGAACACUACCGUCUGCAACAGGAAGCCUUCGACAUGUUCUGUGAAAAGACCGGUUAUUCAGGCGAGCAUGAUGACAUUGUCAAGGAAUUCUUCCACGCUUUCAUGCACGAAAACGCGCUCAACCCUAUGAUUUUCCCUGCCCUCAGAUUAAUGGAAACGGAGGUCGUUAGUAUGACGGCGGCCAUGUUGAACGGAAGUAGCGAGACUGUUGGAUUCCUCACAUCCGGCGGGACGGAAAGCAACUUGAUGGCCGUCAAGACGUUCCGAGACAUGGCCAGGGCGCAAAGAACCAACAUACGGCGGCCAAAUAUUAUUGCGCCUAUAACGGUGCAUCCGACAAUAGACAAGGCGGCCCACUAUUUUGACAUGGACGUCAUCCAUACACCUGUUGGCAAUGACUUCAAGGCUGAUGUUAACGCCAUAGAGCAGGCGAUUAACUCGGACACUGUGAUGAUUGUUGCUUCGGCACCGCAGUUCUGCCAUAGCGUGAUUGACCCUAUAGAAGAAAUAGCCGCUCUUGCAGCCCGGAAAGGCAUUCCACUCCACGUGGACGCCUGCUUCGGGGGAUUUAUGUUACCAUGGGUGGAGAAACUCGGCUAUAAGAUUCCCAAAUUCGACUUCCGGAUCCCUGGUGUGACGUCCAUUUCCGCUGACGUUCACAAAUAUGGAUACAGCGUUAAGGGUGCCAGUGUGGUUAUGUACCGAAAUGCAAGCAUCAGAAAGUUCCAGAUUUACGCUUACUCCGAGUGGCCGGGAGGCUUGUACGGCUCACCCAGUAUGGCGGGGACUAGACCUGGCGGCAACAUUGCGGCGGCCUGGGCUGCUAUGAAAGCGCUAGGGGAGGACGGAUAUAUGAGAAAGGCUAAAGAACUAAUGCUGGUAACUGACAAGAUGAAGGAGAAGGUUAAACAAAUCAAGGGUUUGUGCCUUAUGGGCGAGCCGUGUAUGACUGCAUUUGCCAUUGGCUCGGACGAACCUAACCUGAACAUACAAGCUGUGGCAGAUGCCAUGGAAACCAAGGGUUGGAAGAUGGAGAGAAACCAGCUCCCUGACUCGCUCCAUUGUUCUAUAUUGCCCCAUCAUAUAUCCAAGGUCGACAAGUUUUUAGAUGAUCUUGAAGAUGCUACCGAUAUUUGCAGGAACAACAAAGCACUGGCAAAGAAAGGCACGGCUGGUGUGUACGGAAUGAUGGCGAAUAUUCCAGACAAAGGCAUUGUCACCGACUUUCUGGUCGAAUUCUUUAGCGAAGUCUACAAGUGUAAAUAAUUGAAGAACUGCUCUCGACCCUCUCGUGGAGAUUAACGGGCAAAUGUGCAAUAACAUUAAUUAAAAUGUUUAUUAUCCAUUACUGAAUAACGCUACUGUUAUAAACGCUUUUACGUUUUUAAAAAGGUAUUUGAAAAA